UAUACUAACUAUAUUUAAUCAAUUAAUUUUGUCAAUAACUAUUCAAAAUCCACAUAAAUUUAUAAACUCGUUGCAAGACUUGGAUGAGAGACAAGAUUUGCAGCCAUUGUUAUACAUGUCAACCGCAGAACUAAAACAAAUUCAGCAAAUGUCGACUCCAAUAGAGACCCGGAUAAUAAACAGGGCUCUAAACGUGUUUAAUGAAAAUUAUUUUGACUUCACUUAUACGGGAAUGUAUUCCGAGUUUACAAAACUCAUGGUAAAAGUGAGGGAUCAGAGAAGUCAUGUGUUCAUAGCGUCUGAAUUUGCGAUGGAUUUCUAUACGAAACAAACGGAAACAUUUGGAUACACCGUUCAUAUGGCCAGAGAUGAGUACUUUGACAGACCCUAUGGUUUCCUCAUUCAUAAGGAUAACGCGGACUCAAUACUCGCCAUUCAAUUGAACCAAAUUCGGGCGUCCGAUGCCAUCAAACACCGGCCGGUCGGUGGCGAACGACUCGCCGGUAAGAUAAUUGCCAUUAAAAAUAAUAGUCAACGGUUUUUGCAAGACUUUCCGACCGACAGUAAACGCGUGGUCGUCGAUACGUGCCAACUCGUUGCCACCAAAAUUAAUACCCAAUAUGACGAUCAGAUUGUCAAACGCGCGCCGACUAAUCAAUACGGCGGCGUUUUUGUUACAAUUAUUGAUCAAUUAUAG